CCUCCGCUAUAAACCCUCGCUGAAACAUGAAAACCCAAAGAAAUGGCCAUUUGCCGUUCUGUUUUCUUACAUUCCCCCCUUCUUCAUCAUCCUCCUCAGCCUCAGGUUCUGUCUAAACCCACUUUUUUCUCCCCAAACUACCCUCCUAAGUUCUCUAAAUUCACCAAGUUGCCACUCCUCCAUCAAAACCCGAAACCUCACAACACAACAAUAUCGAGUCUCGGCUGUACAUCAUCAGCAUCAUCAUCAAUGGAAUCACCUCCUGAAGGUUACCGAAAAAAUGUUGGCAUUUGCCUUAUCAGCCCAUCAAAGAAGAUUUUUGCUGCUUCAAGGUUGGAUAUGCCCAAUGCUUGGCAAAUGCCACAGGGUGGCAUUGAUGAGAAUGAAGACCCGAAAGUUGCGGUUAUCAGGGAACUAAAAGAAGAGACAGGGGUUAGCUCAGCAGAAGUUCUUGCCGAGGCGCCUUCUUGGUUGGCAUAUGACUUCCCACCAGAAGUCAGGGAAAAACUUAAACAUCAAUGGGGAUCUGACUGGAAAGGUCAAGCACAGAAGUGGUUUCUCCUUAAAUUCACAGGGAAUGAGGAAGAGAUCAAUCUACUGGGUGAUGGCUCAGAAAAACCUGAGUUUGGCAAGUGGUCAUGGAUGUCUCCAGAACAAAUAAUUGACCUUGCUGUGGAUUUCAAGAAACCUGUAUACGAGGAAGUUUUGGCAGUUUUUGCUCCCUAUUUUCAAUAAAUUCAUGUACAAGUAUCAUCUUUGCGUAUCUUAUACAUGGUGUAACACUUGACCAAAUGAGCCGACGUUAGUUGGAUUACCCCCCUUGGAUGCAUGUUUGAUUCGUUACUGAUCGAUCUCUUUAUGAUUAGAUGGAAAAAUAAUAGUUGGUAUUGAUGUGA